AUGCGAACACACUUAAGAGAGCUGAGCAGAUCUGUAGCAUGGGUGAAGGCAAGGAGAGUGCGCUGGGCAAGGGAGCCCGGCGAGCUGCCAGCUGGCUCAUGGGAGGACUCGCUGCCCCCUCUCUCGCUCUCUGCCCAGCCGCAGCUGCACACUCGCCUCGGCCGCCUGAUUCCUGGCAUCUUUGGAGUUUUCAAUCCCUAUGGGGAACUGAGAGCAGAUCUCGUGAGGAAAUCAGGAGGGGAUGUGGAAGAAGUCAAGGCAAUGGGCGAGGAUAAGGAGGAAGAAUCUUCCGUUGCUGUAAUGAAUUUGGGAGCAGGGAAAGCAACGCUGCCCCACUUCCUGUCCAGGCACGAUCCAAUUGCCACAUUUCCUGUGGGGCGCUCCCUUCCCCCCUUCCUGUGGACUCUGCCUCCUCGUUCACUGAGAUGCCCCGGCAGAGUCCAGGGUCUCCAGGCCAAGUCGUCAGCUGGGCUACCGGGGCCUGUGGCAAGAAAGCAAAACAUGGAUUCCAGGGAACUGGGCUCAGUUCCCCUCACGCGUGACACUGGCCGUCCUGGAUCUGUGAGGCCAGAGAGGGGGCCACCGGAGUGUGAUUGCCCAAGGAGCAGGGUGCCAGGUGGGAGGAGAAGAAAGGACUGGUCCCGCUCGCUCCUCGUGGCUGCCUUCGCGGGUGCCUUCGGCUCCUCCUUCCUNNCUGGCUAUUCCUUGCUAUUGGUGUCCCGGCCACCUCCAUACAUCCAGGCCUUUUACAACGAAUCAUGGGAAAGAAGGCAUGGACAUCCAAUAGACCUGGAUACUCUGACUCUGCUCUGGUCUGUGACUGUGUCCAUAUUUGCCAUCGGGGGACUUGUGGGGACGAUGAUGGUGAAGAUGAUGGGAAAGUUUCUGGGAAGGAAGUACACGUUGCUGGCCAACAACGGGUUUGCGAUCUCCGCUGCUUUGCUGAUGGCCUGUUCUCUUCAGGCAGGAGCCUUUGAGAUGCUCAUCGUGGGACGCUUCGUCAUGGGCGUAGAUGGAGGCAUUGCCCUCAGCGUGCUCCCCAUGUACCUGAGCGAGAUCUCACCCAAGGAGAUCCGUGGUUCUCUGGGCCAGGUGACUGCCAUCUUCAUCUGCAUCGGUGUGUUCACUGGGCAGCUGCUGGGCUUGCCUGAACUGCUGGGAAAGGAGAGCACCUGGCCGUACCUGUUUGGAGUGAUUGCGGUCCCUGCCUUGGUCCAGCUGGUGAGCCUGCCCUUUCUCCCAGAGAGCCCUCGCUACCUACUCCUUGAGAAGCACGACGAGACAGCAGCUGUGAAAGCUUUCCAGACAUUCUUGGGCAAAGCAGACGUCUCCCGAGAGGUGGAGGAGGUCCUGGCCGAGAGUCGUGUGCAGAGGAACAUCCGCCUGGUGUCCGUCCUGGAGCUCCUGAGAGCCCCCUUCGUCCGCUGGCAGGUCAUCACCGUGAUCAUCACCAUGGCCUGCUACCAGCUCUGCGGCCUCAAUGCGAUUUGGUUCUACACCAACAGCAUCUUUGGAAAAGCUGGGAUCCCUCCGGCAAAGAUCCCGUACAUCACCUUGAGCACAGGAGGCAUCGAGACUUUGGCCGCCGUCUUCUCCGGCCUGGUCAUUGAGCGCCUGGGACGGAGACCCCUCCUCAUUGGUGGCUUUGGGCUGAUGGCCAUCUUCUUUGGGAUCCUCACCAUCACGCUGACACUACAGGAUCGUGCCCCUUGGGUCCCUUACCUGAGUAUCGUGUGCAUCCUGGCCAUCAUUGCCUCCUUCUGCAGUGGCCCAGGUGGCAUCCCGUUCGUCUUGACUGGCGAGUUCUUCCAGCAGUCUCAGCGGCCAGCUGCCUUCAUCAUCGCAGGCAUAGUCAACUGGCUCUCCAACUUUGCUGUGGGGCUCCUCUUCCCGUUCAUUCAGAAAAGUCUGGACACCUACUGUUUCCUAGUCUUUGCUACAAUUUGUGUCACAGGUGCUAUCUACCUCUACUUUGUCCUGCCUGAGACCAAAAACAGAACCCAUGCAGAAAUCAGCCAGGCGUUUGCCAAAAGGAACAAAGCUUACCCCCCAGAGGAGAAAAUUGACUCAGCUGUCACUGGUGAUAAGACGAAUGAAAGGCCUGAACCAGAAUCCUCCUCCACAUUGGACAAUUAUGUCAAAAACAGGGUUGUCUAAGUGGAUGACUUCACCAUUUCAGGAAAGCAAAGAUUUCCCCACUUUUGGAAAACUUAAACUGGUUGAAGCCAUGCAAGUCUUAUAUUAUUAAUUAUUUAAAAACAAGCCUAUGCUAUUCUA